CUAGGUCUCCUUUUCUCCGACCAAGGCAAGAUGCAAGAGGCUGAGGAGAUGUACUUACGGGCGCUUCGAGGGUACGAGAAGGCGUGGGGACCGGAUCACACGUCGACACUCUCCACGGUCAACAACCUAGGGAACCUUUACAAAACCCAAGGCAAGAUGCAAGAGGCGGAGGAGAUGUACUUGCGGGCGCUUCGAGGGUACGAGAAGGCGUGGGGACCGGAUCACACGUCGACACUCUCCACGGUCAACAACCUAGGGAACCUUUACCAAGCCCAAGGCAAGAUGCAAGAGGCGGAGGAGAUGUACUUGCGGGCGCUUCGAGGGUACGAGAAGGCUAUAGGGCCCCAACAUAUCGCCAGAUAUCGGUCAGCAAUCAAU